CUAGAUUUCUGGUAUUCCUUCGCGACUUGGCUGGUGCUCGCCGAAUGGCCACCCUCGGGCCUGCUCUCAUCGGGGCUACUAUAUCCAGCAUGUUGUAUGGAGUAACGAUCGCUCAAGUCGUUAAUUACUAUGUUACAUACGAUGACGGACUCGCUAUGAAGUGUUUUAUCGGGUUUAUCUGGAUAAUGGAUACUCUACAUCAAUGUCUCGUGGGACAUGUACUGUGGUGGUACCUAGUUGCGAGAUGCAACGGGAAUAAUGUGGUGUGUGCCGAUGUUGUUUGGAGUCUAUAUGUAAGGGAUGGUGAUUUCCUCAAUGACCUGCUCGCUGACGGGUACCUACAUCUACCCAAGGCGUCCGCGAUACCGACGGAGCUGAGUGCCUUCGUUGUCGAAUGCUUUUUCAUAAUUCGAAUAUGGAGAUUUCGCGAAAAGAAGUCCACUUUUAUGCUCCUCGUGCCAGCAGCGCUCGGGCCAAUUUUAUCCAUGGUGUAUUUGAUAUACUGUAUACAAGGUCGAGGUUUUUUCAUGUUCGAGACAAACCAGUCGCUGGCGGAAUCUCUCACUUGCCUGAGCGCCAGCUUCUACAUAUUCACGGAUAUUGCCACGACAACCACAAUGUGCUAUGUCCUGCAUAAGUCGCAGGAGGGAGGGCUGAGAGUAUCGAAGUGGUUAAUUGGUGUCGUAUUGAGGUAUACUGUAACAACAGGACUGUUAUCAUGUAUUGUUCAGGCUAUCUACUUGAUUACCGUUGUCGCAAGUUGGGCGACUGGCCAUGGGAAGGAUAUCUAUAUUGGUAUAUACUUUAUAACCGCUAAGACGUACAUCAACUGCAUGCUGGCAUCUCUGAACAGCCGUGCAUCACUGCGAGAACAACUUGGUCGAGAAUAUAUUCGAUCAGUGAACACAAUAUAACUCACUAGAUCUUGCGCUGGCGAUGUAGACGCAGGAAGUGAAUCUCUAUUUGUACUAUAUCGUUCUUAUAAUGGAAAGUAC